AUGGUUUAUUAUUGCAACGGCUACACAAGUUACUACCCAUGUCGCAAUAGAGGUCUCGGCUACGGCGCACGGGCCGGUAUCGGUGUUGCCAUUGCCGUCGCAAUCAUUGCUCUGAUCAUCAUCCUCUCUUUGAUUGCUCGUCGUCGCAGAAGAAGGUUCACUCAGCAGCCCGCCACUAUCCCAAUGUACCAGAACAACCAGCCUCAAGCGACCAACUACCAGCAGGGAUAUAAUAGCGGCUACGGCGGCGCACAACCAAGUCCUUACGGUCAGUCACCAUAUGGACAGACAGGCGCGGGUCAGCCUUAUGCCCCACCCACCGGUGCUCCACCUCGAAACAACGACGAUGAAGCGCUCUACGCUCCCCCUCCUGGCCCUCCCCCUCCGGCGUACGUGCCUAGGGAUAACGAGAGGAAGGGUGCUGAGACUAGUGUCUAA